UAAGUGCAAAAUUGUUGCAGGUUCUCAUCAUAAGUCACAACAAUUCUGUCUCUUAAUAUAAGGAAUGGCUGGUGUUGUUGGAAAGCUUGAGGCAGAAAUUGAGGUGAAGUCAAAAGCAGACAAGUUCUGGAGUGCUAUCAGAAAUUUUGCAACCAUAUUCCCUAAGGCCUCACCAUCUCGUUACAAAAGCAUUCACAUUAUUCAGGGUGAUGGCAAGGCUCCUGGCUCCUCCAUGAAAGUAACUUUAGACAUAGGCCAUGAACUUGUGAACACAGCAACAGAAAGGAUUGAAGAUGUUGAUGAUGAAAAGAGGACAUUGAUUUAUAGUGUGAUUGAUGGUGACCUUCUUAAGUACUUGAAAAGUUACAAGGGAUAUAUUAGUGUAACACCAAAGGGGGAUGAUAAUGGAAGCAUUGUGAAAUGGGUGUGUGAUUAUGAAACGGUUAGCCAAGAGGUUCCUGAACCUAUUUUUAUCAAAGAAUUUGCAACCAAGAUCUUCCCAGAGGUUGAUGACUAUCUUCUAAAAGCAUAAAUUUUUAAUGGGUUUUAUGCAACAAUAAUGUGAUGUGUUCGUGUAAGAAUAAUGUUGCAUUUACAUAUAUCAUAUAUGCGUGUGAAAUACUGCGUUGAUUUACAUCUUAUUCA